UUCUCUUAUCAUAGUUUGCUAAACUUGUAGUGAAUGUUUAACAUGUCAACUGUAAACAAUAAUGAUAUACAAAGCUAUAAAAUGAUAUCGGAUUGAACAUUGAAUUUAUACUGUUUAUAAUCUUAGCGUAAAAAUGGUUGUAUCUGAAUUAAUAUUUAUAUCAUUAUUUAUUUUCGGAGUAGUAUCUGGUAGGAAUUUAACAGAUAUAGAGUUAUUUUCUGAACAUAUCUCCUCUGUAUCAGUUAAUAGGUACCCAUGUAAAGAACCACAACCAAGAUUUUUUCAAUUAAGGGAACUUAUUAACGAUGAAAUGUACGAACGUUAUUACAAAAAGUACAUAAAAAGUAUAAGACCCUAUGGAACAGUUCUCCACAGGUGUGAAUUUUCUGGUUGUUGUGUAAUAUUCAAUCAAACUUGUAGAGCAAAGGAAGAAAAACUAUCAAUCUUAACAUUUUAUAACGCUGUGCGAGAUCAAUAUUUUCAAAUAAAAGCAUCUAAUAACACUAUGUGUGCUUGUUAUUAAUAACGAUUUUGUUCAUGUAGGAAGAAGUAGGUUUUUUGUAAAUUUUACUAA